AAAAGUGCAACGGCUGUCGGCGGUGUAAUUUAUAACCUAAAAAUAAGUAAUUUUUAAAUUUUAAUAUAUUCUAAUCACUAUUACAGUGAUAUAAUUAUGGAAUUCAUUGAUGCAAUACCAGUCACCUUUAAAGAAAUUACACCUAAUCACAAUAUUCCAGAGAAAUGGAAGGAAAUUGUUUUGAAUACAGGUGGUACUCACAGCACCCUUCAGGAUAUAAAGUUACCUCAGAAGGCAGGGGGCUAUUGGUACAGAGAAUUAAAGAAAGCAAACACCCGAAAUCGUUUUAUCUAUUGGCAAACUACUCCAGACUCAAUAGAAUUAUCAGAAGCAUCCUUAGAUGUGAAUUUAUCUGGAGCAAAUCUGAGAUGUAAAGUACCAGGCACUCCACCGUUAAACAGUAUAACAAUUUAUGAACGUCCCAUGUACCGUGAAAUAGUUAUUUUGGCUGCCACUGUUUCCUCUGUUCAUAGAUUAACAUUCCCUCAUCCUGAAGUUUUGGAUAAGAAAUCUACAUUUGGUUCAUUGAGCACAUCAUCGCCUUCAAUAUUCCAAGAUAUAAGUGCUUUGAAUAAUCCUAACAAUUACUUUAUCCUGAAUCAAUAUACAAAUGCAACUACAGGUGUUGCCCACACAUGUUCUUCUCUACUGCGGGAAAAUGGUGAAGCAUUAUUUGCCCUAGCAUUUGGCAUUGGGGGUGAAGGAGGCCUCCUGUUAGUAAAGCUACCCGUAUCAGGAUCUGCAGUAACGGUUCCACUUAAAAGGGAGUCAGCAGUACCCAGAUUUUUAUCAGGAAUCACUGGCGCAUUAAGAGGAAAAAGUACUGAUGGCCUUGAAACAUAUGGGGUGGUGUUAACCCACAAUUUGGCAGUAGCAAUAUGCGGCGACACGUGUCUUCGCGCGUGGGGUAUCGACGAGGGCGGUGCGCCGGUCGCUGUUUCGCCUCCCCUUGCCCAAACUGUAGUCAGACCUAAGCCACCUCCACAUGGCCACAUGUUGCAGAAGUCAAUUGGGACUGAUGGGAGUGUGAUGCUGGUAGCAUAUAUCUCAUUUCCUGAUGAGUGCGAGUUUGUCGUCAUGAAGAUGCAUGAUGGCGGUGCUGGUGUUAAGUUCUCACAUAUCUGCCGUAUUUUUGGACCACAAUUGGACCUGUUUGAUUAUAGCAUUGGUUAUGGUGAGGGUACCAAUGUUAUCUGGGCAUUAUGGAGUCAGCCUGAUGGCGAAACUAUCAUAACAAGCAGUGUCCUGGGCGCGGAAGUGUCUUGGCGCGCGGUGGCGGGACGGGAGCCGGCGCCGCCGCUGCCGCAGCUGGCCUCGCACCAGCAAUACCGCGACCGCCUGCUGGCGCCGGGAUUGUUCCCGCCAUCGGUGGUUAAUAAGGCGCUCGUGAUAUACCGCCGUACAUGGGGCAGCAACGAAACGUCUAUCGACGGCGAUCUGAGCGAGGCGGCGUUGAACGCCGUCCAAACCCGCCUCAGGCACCUCAUUGCACGAGCCUCUGCUCCUGACCACUCGCAUCUGAUGCACAAGUGCUGGUCAGAUUUGUACAGUUGGUGCAUGCAAUACAUGGAAGGAUUGCAAAAACCUCUUGGUCUCAUGGUUUCUACUCACGGCAAUGAUGUAGAAAGCGGAUGGUGGUGUGCAGUAGUGCGGCGAGCCGGCAUAUCGCUGGUCCGAGAGUUGGAGCCACUCGAGCGUAUGAUGCUAUCACCCGAUCUCAGUCCUAUGGAAUCUGGAAUGGGCGCCCGCGACGGCGAGUUAUCCCCGGACGCGGUGCGCGUGGUGCUGGCUGGCGCGCGGUGGGAGCGCGCGGCGAGCGCGGCGGGCGCGCGCGAGCUGGAGCGGCGCCUGUUCGCCGCCGCCGCGCCGCAGCACCGCCUGCUGCCGCGCCUGCUGCACCUGCUGCAGGCGCCCGCGCCCGCCGCGCCCGACGCCACGCCGCACGCCGCCGACGCGCCCAUUCUCAGUCCCCAGCAAAUUGACGAGCUCACGUCAAUUUUGGAACCGAUAAAAGAUCUACAAAAUGCCGUGCUGGAGCUCAACGAUGCCCUGAGAUUAGAUGUUCCGGAGAUCGAUACUUCUAACCAUGAUGAUGAAGACACCAGCGAGUACGACAAUCUAUUCGCAAGUGAUUUGGGAGUGUCCGUGAUUACUGAAGCAAUAAGGCAAAUGGCUGAAAUGAGGUCGCGAGUGGUGCGCGGCGCGUUGGCAGCACUAGGCGUAAGCGGCGGCGCGGGCGGCGUGCCGGGCGCUGGUCAUUGCGCCGUGCAUUGGCAGGCCUACCGUGCUCUGUUAUGGCUGCGGGCUGCUACGCUUACCCGCCCGUAA